AUGGCAAAAAAAAUCAUCGACCUUGACCUGGCCAAGACUUCGAAUUCAUGCCAGGCCUUUCCUGGAGGGCAAACGAGCUCCUGGCCGCUCUGCUGGGAGCAGGGGAAGGGGUCAGGGGCCGGUUUGGUGGCGGAGGAGAGCGGGCCGGUACCUGAGGAAGAGGACGGGCGCUCAUCGGCGCGACGCGUGUCGCCCUGCCCAGAGCCGGAACGAAUCUGUCUGACCCAUCUCUUUCGCAGCGACGUCCUCGCCCUGCCCAUCUUCAAGCAGGAGGAAUCGAGUUUGCCUCCUGAAAACGAGAACAAAAUUCUGCCCUUCCAGUACGUGCUGUGUGCUGCCACCUCCCCCGCCGUCAAGCUCCACGACGAGACGCUCACCUAUCUCAACCAAGACCGGCGGCUGCAGUACACGGAGCACCAGCAGCUGGAGGGCUGGCGGUGGAACAGGCCUGGGGACAGGAUCCUGGACAUAGAUAUCCCGAUGUCGGUGGGCAUCAUUGACCCCAGAGCAAACCCAACGCAGCUCAACACAGUGGAGUUUCUGUGGGAUCCUUCGAAGAGGACUUCUGUGUUCAUCCAGGUCCACUGCAUCAGCACGGAGUUCACCAUGCGGAAGCACGGCGGGGAGAAGGGGGUACCCUUUCGGGUCCAGAUAGACACGUUUAAGGAGAACGAGAACGGGGAGUACACGGAGCACCUGCACUCUGCCAGCUGCCAGAUCAAGGUCUUCAAGCCCAAAGGAGCUGAUCGGAAGCAGAAAACGGACAGGGAAAAGAUGGAGAAGCGAACGCCUCAUGAGAAAGAGAAAUACCAGCCUUCCUACGAAACGACGAUACUCACAGAGUGUUCUCCCUGGCCGGAGAUAACGUACGUCAACAACGCGCCGUCCCCUGGCUUCAACAGUUCCCACAGCAGUUUUUCCAUUGGCGAAGGGUGAGUCUGCGAAGAGGCUGGCCGUGACCCUUCUUUUCCUACGUUGCAGAACCUCUUGCCCACCAGCACACCCCAGGAGGCCCAGCAGUGGCUGCACCGAAACCGCUUCUCCACUUUUUCUCGGCUUUUCAGAAACUUCUCAGGUGCAGACUUACUGAAGCUGACCAGAGAAGACGUUAUCCAGAUCUGCGGCCCUGCGGAUGGCAUCAGGCUCUUCAACGCGCUGAAAGGACGGAUGGUGCGGCCCAGACUGACCAUCUACGUCUGUCAGGAGUCCCAGCAGCUGAGGGACCUCCAGCAGAAACACGACGAUGGGGACACUGUAACCAGUACUUUUUUCGUGUACCACGCGAUUUAUCUGGAGGAGCUGACGGCCGUAGAACUGACGGAAAAGCUGGCCCAGCUCUUCAGCAUCUCCUCCCAACAGAUCAGCCAGAUUUACAAGCAAGGCCCGACGGGGAUACACGUGCUGAUCAGUGAUGAGAUGAUACAGAACUUCCAAGACGAAUCCUGUUUCGUUCUGGACACCAUGAAAGCUGAAACCAAUGACAGCUACCACAUCAUCUUAAAAUAG